AUGGAUAAUCGAGACUUUUGGCCAUAUAUGAGGGUUGCAAAAUUGCCUGAAUUCGAUCCAUCAUUUAUUUCAUUAUCUCAAUCUCGAUCUCAAUCUCAAUCUCGACUUUCGUCAUUAUUUACUUGGUUAUUUAAACAAUAUCGAUCAUUUUAUCGUUAUUGUUAUGUACAUUUACAUGAUCUUAUUUUAUCAUCUUUAUUUGGUUAUUUAACAUUAAAUGAAAAAUUAUAUGUUGCUAUACAUGAAAAUGAUCUCUAUAAAGCACGUAAAUUAUUAUCACAUGGUGCAUCACCAUCUUUUUUACCUGCUGAUUAUAAAUCAAUAUUUACACAUUUAAUAAAAAAUAAUAAUGAAAUUCAAAAUUAUUAUAUAGAAACAAGUCUUUUUUCUUCUAUACUUGCUAAUGAUAGUAUGUUAUAUAUGGCUGUAUCAAAUGAUAAUUUUAAUUUAGUUAAAGAAUUAAUUCAUUAUCAUAAUUAUGGACAAAUAGGACAACAUACAGAAGUUGUUUCAUUAUGUUUAGCAGUUAAACGUGGUUAUUCUACUAUUGUAGAAUAUCUUAUUGAUUAUGGACAUAUUAAUCCAAAUGAUCGUGUUCAAUUAGGUUGUAAACAUUGUAAAAGUGAUACAGAUGAUAUGCAACGUUAUCAAUUUCCUCUCUAUCAUGCUUGUCGUGAAAAUCAUUUAAAACUUGUCAAAUAUUUGAUUAAAUCAAAACAUUGUGAUAUAAAUCAAUUAACAACAUCAUGUGAAACAUGUUUACAUGGAGCUAUUUUAGGUGCUACAGAAAAUUGUUUUGAUACAUCAUUUAAUAAUCAAGAACGUUAUUUUAUUGUUCAAUAUCUUUUAACAAGACCUGAUUGUAAUCCUAAUCUUGGUCUCAAUCCAUUAUGUAUUAGUCUUGCUUAUGAUAAUAUCUAUGAUUAUACUAGUUUAUUACUUCAACAUUAUUGUGAUGUUAAUCGACUUGGUUGGAAUCGUUAUGAAACAACAAAAACAAGUCAUAAAACAAAUAGUUAUUUACUCUAUUCUCUUGAUCAUCCAUUAAACAUUUGUUUACGUCGUUUAUGUCAAACAAAUAAAAAUAUAACAACAUCUGAUCAUUCACGUCAUAAACAAUAUGCAUUAAAAUUAAUCAAUAAAAAUUCAAAUAUAUAUGCAAUGUAUGAUUAUGGUUCUACUUAUCCAUUUUUACUUGCUGUUCAAACCGGUGAUAAAACAAUCGUUGAAGCAAUAGUUAAAAAAGCAACAUUACAGAUAAAAUUGGAUAUUGUUGAACCACUUAUUUAUGCUUGUACAAAAUCAUUUUAUGAUAUUGUCCAAAUUCUUGUCAAUUUUGGCUUUAAUCCAAAUACAAUAAUGAUUAAUCGAGAUUAUACAACGUUUAAUAAUUUGGAUUUAAAUAAAACAAAUUCAUCAGAUUUCUUACGAAAUCUCGAUCGUUAUUGUACAUUUUCUUCACAAUCAACAAUAACAACAAUAGGUCCUUUAGUAUUUCCAAUACCAAACAAUUGUUCUUGCUCAUAUAUGAAUUCUGAACAACAAAUAACACCGUUAUUAGCCUUAUCACAUAUAUCUACAUGGUUAUUUCAUCCUGAUCAAUAUGAUUCAACAAUAAAAACAAUUGAAAAUCUUUUUUCUCAUAUUUCAAUUGAUUUUUCAAUUCUUCCAAAUCGACUUGCUUUUCAUUAUGCCUUAUUGAAUGAACAUAUACCAAUUAUUUAUUAUUGUUUAGAAAAUUUCUGUCCAAUAAAUUUUCUUCAUGAUACAAUUGAAUUAACACAUUCUCCUUUGAAAAAUCAUUUUUCUUAUACAUUAUUUCAUGUAAUAUCUGUUUGUUGCCGUUUAGCAUCAAAUAAUCAAAUAAAACGUGCCUUAUUUAACUCAUAUACAAAAGCAAUAUUACGCAUUAAUACUUAUGACCGUCCCUCAUCGAUGACAAGUGUUUUAGCUUACAUGCAACUAUGGUUUCAUGAUCAAGAUUUUGUUUAUGAUCCGAUUUUAUUUGAACAUCUUAUGUCAUUACCAUAUGUUGAUGACAUCAUUCGAUUACAUGAUAAACAACAAUUACGUUCAUUAUUUGGUACACAUUAUUACCAUAUUAUUGAGCGAAAAUCACGUUCAAGACUAAUGUAUACACUUAAACAUAUAUGCCGUUUAAAAAUUCGUCAUCAUAGUCAACUUUAUUGUGAACGUCAACAAACAAAUAUGUUAAAAAUAAUUCCGCAAUUGAAUUAUUUACCAAAAAUUUUACAAGCCUAUUUAUUUUAUACAAGAACAAAAUCAAAUUCAUUAAUCGAUCAUUUAUUAAAUAAUAAAUCAUGGAACAAUAUACAGUGGAUGUAA